UGGAGAGAGCGAGAGCGACCAGCCUGCUAGUUUCUCUAUUGAUGGAUGAGAAACAAUGACUGUGUCUGUCACUGCAAUCCACAUAUGGAAAUUGAUGAACAUGAGAAGGAGUAUAUACACUGGAAGAAAAAUAAAGCAAAGGAGUUGAAAUCACCAAGGAUGAGAAGCCGCUCAAUGUCGAGGCUGAAGGAAGAGAGCAAAGAAGAAAUCUCGCUAAGAAAAGUGGAGAGACACUUUGGUGGACGAGUCUCCCGAUCGACCUAUCUGUCGUCUCGACGCCGCGCAGACGCGUCAGUUUCCGUGUUGUGCAGCGGUCUGAGUGUCCCAAGCAGGGCGAACCAGGACAGUGAGAACAACCAGGACAGUGAGAACAACCAGGACAGUGAGAACAACCAGGACAGUGAGAACAACCAGGACAGUGAGAACAACCAGGACAGUGAGAACAACCAGGACAGUGAGAACAACCAGGACAGUGAGAACAACCAGGACAGUGAGAACAACCAGGACAGUGAGAACAACCAGCUCAGGUCAGCUAUCCUCAAUCUUGUGUUUGGUUCGGUUUUAAAGAUCGAUUCUUGGAUUAUUUCCAGGCUUAUUGUUUAA